AUGUGGUGGACGGCGUAUGUCGACGGAGGUCCUCGUCGAGUGAACCAUGCAGCCGUAGCCGUCGGCGACUUUAUAUACAGCUUUGGAGGCUACUGUUCCGGGGCUGACUACGAACGCCCAGUACCGAUAGAUGUACAUGUCUUUAAUACAAGUAAGCAGUUUUUUGUUUUAUUGUUCAUUCACUUUUAUAGUUCCUCCAGUUUUGUUUUCUUUAAACGUACGUGCAUUGUUUUCUCCAUUUUAGACACGUACCAGUGGCAUUCUUUGCCAGCACCUAAACAUAUUCUGUCACGGACAAUACCCUACCAGCGCUACGGCCACACAGCAGUCGGGUACCGCAACAACUGCUACAUCUGGGGAGGCAGGAACGACGUCGAUGGGGCUUGCAACGUUCUGUUCGAGUUCGACCCUCGUUCCGCUGAAUGGAGUAAGAUCCAUGCAACAGGCGUUGUGCCACCGGCAAGGGACGGUCAUUCUGCUUGUGUCUACGGUGACAAGAUGCUGGUGUUUGGCGGAUAUGAGGAAAUUUUCCAGCGCUUCUCUAACGAGACUUACAUCUUCGACUUCCCUUCGCCCUGUCGUACGACC